GAGCACAGUGAAAUUCACCCUUCACAAAAACAUUACAACAUUAACAACAUGGCUCUAGACAUUGGCACCUGGGAUCUGGCAUGUAAGUUCAAUAACACUGACCACCACACAGAGCUGAAUGGCACCGAUCGACUGAUCGUGAGGAGAGGACAACCCUUCACGAUUAAUCUCCAUCUCAACUCUGGGUUUUACCAGCCGGGAGUCAGUCAACUUCAGAUUGUAGCAGAGAUAGGCCCUCAGCCUGUGGAGCAGUAUGGCACCAGGGCCGCGUUCAGCGUCAGCGAUGAGAUUGACAGCACAUGUUGGAGUGCCGCAGUCACCAGUCCGCCCGGGAACACCAUUUGUCUUUCUGUGUGUCCCGCCCCUGACGCUCCUAUUGGCCGAUACGUCCUAACUUUAGAUGGGCAUGUCCAGUUUGAUUUCAUACUGCUGUUCAACCCCUGGUGUCCAAGAGAUGUGGUGUACAUGGACAGUGAGGAUAAAUUGGCAGAGUAUGUUUUGGCUCAGGAUGGGAUCAUCUUCAGGGGCGAUGCUGAUUAUCCUGUCCCGUUGGCAUGGAAUUUUGGACAGUUUGAGGAAGGCAUCCUGAAUGCUUGUUUGAGAAUCCUGGACAUGAACCCUAAACACCAGAGAAACCCAGGGAAAGACUGCUCUGGACGCAGAAACGUCAUUUAUGUCACGCGUGUUCUCAGUGCGAUGAUAAACAGUAAUGACAGAGAUUCUGGUGUCCUGGAGGGCUGCUGGAAAGAGACAUUUGAAGGCGGACUGAGCCCCAUGUCCUGGAGGGGGAGCGUUGAGAUUCUGAGGACAUGGAACAGCACUUCCUGUUUGCCUGUGCGCUACGGCCAGUGCUGGGUGUUUGCAGCUGUUGCCUGCACGGUGUCUCGAGCUCUGGGAAUUCCAUGCAGGGUGGUAACAAACUACUUUUCUGCCCACGAUACCAACAGCAACCUUGUGAUCGAACGUUACAUCAACGAAAAAGGAGAAACUGACAAUAUCACCAGAGAAAUGAUAUGGAACUAUCACUGCUGGGUUGAGAGUUGGAUGACCCGACCUGACCUCCCAACUGGUUUUGAUGGUUGGCAGGCCAGUGACCCGACGCCACAGGAGAAAAGUGAAGGUGUGUUCUGUUGUGGGCCGGUCCCUGUUCGGGUGGUAAAGGAAGGAGAGCUCACAUUAAAGUAUGACGCUGCGUUUGUGUUUGCGGAGGUGAACGCAGACCUAGUGUUCUUCCUGAAGUAUAAAGAUGGAAGCACAAGAAAAAUCGUGAAUGACCAGAGGGUUGGACAGAAAAUCAGCACUAAAAGCGUGGGCCGUGAUAUGAGAGAAGAUAUCACACACCUGUACAAAUAUCCCGAAGGUUCAGCAGAGGAGCGGGCGGUUUUUGAGAAAGCCAAACACCAGAGCAAGUUGAAUCAAGAGCAGGCGAACACUGGGCUACACGUCACCAUCAAGCUCUCCUCUGGGAUCAGGAAGGGCUGCGACUUUGACGUGUUUGCCAUCGUAUCGAAUAACACAGCAGAAGAGAAGAAGUGCCGCCUGGUGUUUGCAUCCCGCGCCGUGUCUUAUAAUGGAGUCACUGGACGAGAGUGUGGCUUUAAAGAUCUGCUCAAUGUAGAACUAUCGCCAGGAGCAGAGAGGAAGGUUCCACUGAGGCUGAACUACAGUAAAUACUGUAAUAAUCUAAUGGAGGAUAACCUCAUUCGUCUGGGCGCUCUGCUUAUUGACUACAGCACUAGAGAAGCUGUCAUCGCCAUGAGAGACAUUGUAGUGGACAACCCAAACAUCAAAAUCAGGAUUCUUGGAGAACCCAAGGAGAACCGCAAGCUGGCAGCAGAACUUACACUGCAGAAUCCACUGCCAGAACCCUUACAAGGCUGCUGUUUCACUAUAGAGGGAGCAAACCUCACGGGCGGCUGCAGCAUCACUGAGAAACUGGAAUCGUGCAUUGAACCCGGACAAGAAGCCAAAGUCAAAAUCUACUUCACUCCCACCCAGUGCGGCCUGCGCAAACUCGUGGUGGAUUUUGACAGCGACAAGCUAGGCCACGUCAGAGGAUACAAGAAUGUUAUCAUUGGAAAAUGAGACCAUUCAACUUUUCAUGUGGAAGAGAAUGGAAAGAGGGAGUCAUAUAUUUUUCUGUGUACUUGUCAAUAUUUAGAGAGUAUUACAGUAUCUUAUAAAUAGUAUUUUUCUAAGAAUGUGAGAAACCAUGCUGUCACACUACAACCUUGAUUUUAUAGCAGUAUAUACUGUACAAGUUUAAAGAUGAAAUACAAGUAUGGAGAUGUUUUGCAUUUUAACAAGUACGCAACAAUAAAAGAGGUCAAUUAUGAAUGAAAGAAAGAAAUUGGACAGCAAUGUGACUUUUGAUCAGGGUGGACACACCAUUUGUGUCUUUAUGUGUUUGUCUCUGUGUGUCUUUGUAUUGAGAGAUGACUUUUCUUUAGAAAGAAUAUUUACACAUCAGUGAUGUCUAUUCAAAAUUCAGAAACUUGGCCUGUCCAGUCAUGUUCAUCCUUUGUAAAGAGUUCAGAUUUCCACCUGUUAAAACUUUCAAAUGACGUAGUAUUUCAUAAUAAAUAUACUCAUUUAUAA